AGUAACAGUAAAGUAACAAAGGCGACUGUAUAAUAUGUAUUUGUUGUAAACGAAAAGGAAGAUUCACCAUGAUGAUCUAAAACAUCUAAAUAUCUAUUUUCUAAUGUUUCAUUCAAAAUUUUAGGACUACAUUGAGUAAUCUAUAUUUAUUUUAAGGACAAUGUCUUUCACACAUAUUGUAUAUACAAUACUUUUUGUAUUAUGUCUUGGUAAGGCAGACACAAAUAGUUUAAAUCCUAGCGACAUAGUAAUUGUGAUAUUAAGUCAAAAGGAAGGCUAUCAUGCAGCACAUGCUGAUAUUUUAAAGAAGGGUAUUUUGGAACAGUCUGAUAUCCUUGAUAAAGAUCCACCAAAAAUUUUAUUGUCUCAUGAAUUAAAUAUUAAUGGGUCGUGGACAAUAAUACCAUUACUAAAUCAUUUAUUAGAUACAUAUUCAACUUCAAGGUGGUUUUUCUUUUGUCUGGAGAACACUGUAAUUAGACUGAGUAAACUGUUGAGUACUUUGUCUAAAUACAAGGAGAAUAAAAAUAUAUGGAUUGGUCAUGCACUGUAUGAUCAUGAACCAACUAUCAUACAUCAUUUUGCAGACCACAAAAAAUUUAAAUAUCCACAUAUUGCAUCAGGUUUUGCAAUAACAUCAACUUUGGGAAACAGUUUAGUGAAAAAAAUUGAUGAAGGUGAAAGACCCAAAGAUGACUUUUCAAUCGAUGCAUCAUAUGAGUUUGCAUCUUUUGUUUUAAAAGUCGAUAAAGGGGUACGAUUAACGCAUGCAUCUGAACUGUGUAUUGUAUCCAGUACAAAUUGUGCCACGUAUCCAAGAUAUUUUCAUCCAUGUCUUUCGUCCGUGUCUUCCGAAAACGUAUAUUUUGCUGUAAAAACCUGUGCAAAAUAUCACGUCGAGAGGGUUUCAGUUAUUAAGAAGACAUGGGCAAAAUAUACUAAAAACAUCAGAUAUUUUAGCGACGUUACUGACAAACAUUUACCCGAAGCUUUCGUUGUGCCAAACACAACACACGGACACUGUGAAAAGACUUAUAAUAUUCUAGUAGAGGUGGACAAAAUAUUAGAGAAAAAAGAUUUGAGUUGGUUGAUAAUUAGCGACGACGAUACAAUUUUUAGCGUAGCGCGGUUGUUACGUUUACUGACAUGCUACAACCCAAAAACACCAAUUGCAAUUGGGGAACGAUACGGUUUCCGAUUGUGGGAUAAUCUUUAUGGGUACGAAUACCUAACGAGCGGGGCUGGUCUUGCCUUGUCCAGAUCUUUAGUUCGUGAAAUGAUACAACCAGGCAGGUGUGAUUGUCCAACAUCUACAACCCCGGAUGAUAUGUAUCUGUUUGGUAUAUGUUUAGCACGAAUUGGAGUACAACCUGUACAUUCACCAUUGUUCCAUCAAGCGCGUCCUUUAGAUUAUGCAACUGCCUAUCUUGCUUCGCAAGAACCUGUAUCUUUCCACAAGUUUUGGAUGCUUGAGCCAGAAACGGUUUACGACGAAUGGUUCGCAGAAGCAGACAAAUCGUUAAUCACAAGUAAAACACACACGGAUGGAUUCCAUAGAGAGUAUCAAUGCGCGAGAAACGACGAAAACUUGAAAUCCGUCAUCGAAAAGAUAAUAGAAGAAAUCAUGGAGAAAUCUAGUUGCAUUGUUUUUCUAACCGAUUCUACUUAUCGAACGCUCGUGGACAUUCCCCGCGUCCAGGGUUCUUCAUUUGUAUCCAAAUACGAGAUAAUACUGCGCGACAAUGAGCAAUUUUCCAGACCGAGAAAACGAAUUAAAAAAAUUUUAAUCGACAGCAAAAUGAUCGGUUGCAACGCGUACGUUAUACUGAUCGCCAAUGGUUUCUUGGCGUCUGAAUUUUUGCUAUAUACAGAAAGCGAACGUCUGAUCAACACUCGAGGGCUGUUCCUGUUCUUAUACGAUUACCGUCUGUUUCAACCAAAUUUGCAUCACAUAUGGAACAGAAUAAUCAACGUGGUUUUCGUGCGUCAAUACGACGCGUACAAUCAUCGAUCCGGGGAAAAAGUAUACAAUGAAAAAAUCGAUCUUGACACUGUCUACUUCCCAGCUAUCAGGAAGACAUUUACUGCGACUAAAUGCAUAGACACUUGGUAUCGAGGAAAAUUGCGCCACGGUACCAAUCAUUUCAUAGAGAAAAUAAGAAAUCUACAAAAGAAGAGCUUACGAAUUGCUGUUUUCGAGCACAUCCCGGCAGUGACGGAGAAAUCAAGAGCUUAUUAUGAUAAUCGACCGAGCGAAAGAACGGAAGCUCUGGGAAUAGAAUUCGAAUUGAUACAGAUUAUAUCGAAGGCGAUGAACUUCAAACCAAAGUACUAUAUGCCACCGAACAUAACUUCCGAGAAAUGGGGUGUCAAGAGUGACAAUCAAACGUACACGGGUCUCAUAAGCGAGGCCGUAGAAGGGAAAGCUGCGUUUUAUUUGGGCGAUUUGCAUUACACGUUGCGUCAUUUGAAUUAUUUUGAUUUAACUAUACCGUACAACACGGAAUGUCUCACUUUUCUAACGCCAGAAUCACUGACUGAAAAUUCAUGGAAACUUCUGAUACUUCCGUUCAAAUUGUACACUUGGAUCGCGAUUAUCUUCACUUUACUUUUUGGAAGCGUUGCAGUUUACUUCUUAUCACUGUCCUACAAGAAACAUAUAAUUUUUUACAACAAUAAAACGUGCAUUCAGACUAAGUCGACGAAGAAGAACAUUAAGGGACUGUAUUUGUUUACAGAAAUACAAAAUAGUAUGUUAUAUACUUAUAGCAUGCUGUUUCAAGUUUCUUUACCCAAAUUGCCAAACCCUUGGGCCGUACGAGUAUUUAUUGCGUGGUGGUGGAUUUAUAGUAUUCUGGUUGCAGUGGCCUAUCGCGCUAGCAUGACUGCCGCCCUUGCAAAUCCAGUAACCAGAGUUACCAUCGAUACAUUGGCUCAACUUGCGAAGAGUUCGAUCGGAGUUGGAGGAUGGAACGAAGACAGUAAAGAUUUCUUCCUAAUAUCGUCGGAUCUCAGUAGUCAAAAAAUUGGUGGUAAGUUUCAAUUCGUCAAAAACGAGGAAGAAGCUAUCGAGAAAGUUGUAAAUGGAUCAUUCUGUUACUACGAGAACUCUUAUUUGCUUCGGCAUGCUCGCGUAAAAAGGCAAAUAAUCAAGGAACAAGAGAAGGAAAAUAAAACUACAGAGAAUUUAUGGUUGAAACAUAAUCUACACAUCAUGGAGGAAUGUGCUAUUAAAAUGCCCAUAGCUAUUGGCAUGGAAAAGAAUUCGCCGUUAAAACCACGCGUCGAUGCUUUGGUAAGGCAUGCAAUAGAAACUGGUUUGGUCGAGAAAUGGUUAAGCGAUGUUACGGAAUGGUCGAAAAUAACGGAGACACGACAAGAAACCAAAUCUGAAAAAGCAUUGGUUAACCUUCACAAACUUCAAGGUGCUUUCAUUGCUAUCGCGACAGGUUAUAUGUUAGCUUUCGUAGUAUUAAUAGGAGAAAUUUUAUACUGGAAACAUGUUGUUUUGAAGGAUCCAAAGUUCGACAAAUAUCAUUUGGAUGUAUUCUAUAAUAUUCCUGUUAAUCCUAAAAUCUAAGCAAAUAAUUCAAAUGACACUCUGUUCUAUAAUGUCCAAAUUCAUGUAAUAUGUUUCUGUUUCAAAGAGUGAAGCAAAACAGUGCAUGAAGGAAGUAUCUUUCGAUAGAAUGAGCUUGUUCAUAAAUGCUAAUGUAAGAUGCAAAUGUACUCUUCAUUGAAGACAGAGUAUAACAUCUGGUACUUUCUUGUCUUUGAUGAUAUAAAUUAUUCUAAUACAAAGCACCAUCAAUGUAAUAUAUUGGAAUUGGAUCCAACAGAGCUUUUUCAAUAUCCGAUUGGAAAAUUAUAUAUUCUAAUGGUGAAUAAAC